AUGCAGGAAGUAACAAAGUUUCACGCAACACUCCGAGCAAGCUAUGUACCUGAUGAUGACGAGCACGGGGAGAGAAGGAAAAACUAUAGGGAGAAAACACUGGCAAAUCUAAAAAUCCGAUCCUCCACCUAUUCGCCUGAAUCAUCAUCAACUGAUAAUGAAGAAAUUGAAUCAUCCUCGAGUUCUUCAUCAGAAUCUUCAUCUUCGGAUGAAAAUGAAACUUCUUAUUCUUACUCGAGAACAGAGUAUGGAAAAUAUAAACCACAGCAAGCAAUUCAAGAAGUGUCCUCAAGCUCCUCUGCUCCUUCGUCUGAGUCUGAGUCAGAGUAUUCAGACGAAAUUGAAACUUCUUACUCAAUGAGAAAUGCUAGAAAAUAUAAACUGCAGCAGACAAUUCAAGAAUCGUCCUCAAGUUCUUCAUCAGAAUCCAAGGACGGUGAAGUUGAACCAUCCUCUACUACUUCCUCUGAAUCUUCAUCUUCUAGUGAAAGUGAUACUCGGCAAAAGCAUACUCAAGGCAUUGAUGUUGAUUUGGAAGUUGUGGGCGGGAUUGUUGCAAAGUUUCUCUGUGCUUUUGUUUCUAGGUUCAGCUCUUACAUCAAAUCUGAGCAUGAAUAUUUAUAG